ACGUGAAGCGAGUGCUCGCCGCCCCACAAUGGACACCUCAGCUGAGGCACUACUCCGACCUGCCCUCACACUCGAAGGUGAACCUCCCCGCGCUGUCGCCUACCAUGGAGAGCGGCUCCAUCGUCAGCUGGGAGAAGAAGGAGGGGGAUAAGCUCAGUGAAGGCGACCUGCUCUGCGAAAUCGAAACAGACAAGGCGACCAUGGGCUUCGAGACCCCCGAGGAAGGCUACCUGGCCAAGAUCCUCAUCCCGGCGGGCACCAAGGGCGUCGCCGUCGGGAAGCUGCUCUGUAUCAUUGUGGAGAACCAGGCUGACGUUGCUGCCUUCAAGGACUUUAAGGAUGACUCCACUGGAGCCCCUGCGAAGCGUCCAGCCGAAAAAGCCCCGGCAGCUGCCGCCCCGGCCGCGCCGGGCGCCCCCGCCCCCGCGGCUGCCCCUGCCCCCGCCCCCGCGGCCACCGCCCCCGCGCCCCCCGCCCCCGCGCCCGGAGGUAGGGUGUACGCGAGCCCCAUGGCCCGGAGACUGGCCGAGAUUAGGAACAUCCGCCUGGGAGGCUCGGGCUCCGGCCUCUACGGCUCCCUGAAGAGCGGCGACCUGUCAGCCGCCCCCGCCCCCGCCCCCGUCUCCUUCGCUGCCCCCGCCCCCGCCCCCGGAGCAACCUUCGUCGACAUACCCCUGUCCGGCAUGAGAGAAACCAUCGCCAAGAGACUGAGCGCCGCGAAGCAGCAGAUACCGCAUUACCAGCUGGUCGCUACCGUCAAUGUUGAGAAGACGUUGAAAAUGCGAGAGAAGAUCAACGCUAGAUUAGCUAAAGAAAGCCCCGGUGUUAAGGUGUCCGUGAACGAUUUCAUAAUCAAAGCCGUGGCGGCGGCGUGCAAGCGCGUGCCCACCGUCAACUCGCACUGGAUGGAGACCUCUAUCAGACAAUUCUCAAACGUAGAUGUGAGCGUAGCCGUAGCCACGCCCAGCGGCCUAAUCACGCCCAUCAUCUUCAACUCGGACUCGCGCGGCGUCAUCGACAUCUCCAAAACCAUGAAGGAGCUCGCACAGAAGGCUAAGGACGGCAAACUGCAGCCCCAGGAGUACCAAGGAGGCACUGUCACUGUCUCCAACCUUGGAAUGUAUGGCAUCACAAUGUUCAACGCGAUCAUCAACCCGCCGCAGUCGCUGAUCCUGGCGUGCGGUGGUGUUCAGGAGUUGGUUAUUCCUGAUGAGAAGGCCGAAAAAGGUUUCAGAUUAGCCAAAUUCGUGUCGUUCACGGCGUCCGCCGAUCACAGGGUGAUCGACGGCGCGGUCGGAGCCGAAUGGAUGAAGGUCUUCAAACAGAACAUCGAGGACCCUGCCAACAUUAUCCUGUGAACACCCAGUACACGCCCGAUUUGUCCGCUGGACCGAUAAGCUCGCUUCACUGACCAGUCAAAUUUGAUCG